CAAGAGCAAAUAAAAACGCAUUGCGGAAUAUUCAAAGAAGACUCUUUAGACUCAAUAGAUCUAGAAUCUAGAUUCAGUAUCUAGAAUCUACAAUCUAAAUCUAGAUCUAGAAUCUAGAUAAUUACAGACCAUAGGCCUACACAAAAUAAAUAGAACAGUUCUUAAAAAGAAAGUCAAAGUGGAUUUCAUAGGGCAACUAUGAGUUUCCACAGAAAUCAUACUAAGAAUCAAGAUGCUGCAAACAUGCAUGAGGUAAAAGAGAUGUUGACCAAGGAAUGCCUGCUGGAUGGCUUUCUGGCACUGUAUGAAGAGUGUACACAUGACAAUCUUUUAAAAAUAAAAAGUGUCUCCUCCUUUAUACACAAGUUCAAAAAUACUGUGUACCAGUCAAAAAAGCAUAGAAUGAAAGCCUCAGACUUUGAGGUUAAAGCUGUAAUAGGAAGAGGACACUUUGGAGAAGUACGCGUUGUCAGGGAGAAAGCAACAGAUGCUAUUUAUGCCAUGAAGGUUCUUCGAAAAACUGAUUUGCUUGCACAACCAGAGAUUUCUUGUUAUGAAGAGGAAAGAGAUAUAAUGGGUAAUAGCGCUAGCCCUUGGAUUACUGAGUUACAUUUUGCCUUUCAAGACUCCUGUAACCUGUAUCUUGUCAUGGAUUUUCAUGCUGGGGGAGACCUAUUAUCCUUGUUAUCUAGGCAUGAUGACAUUUUUGAAGAAGAUAUGGCAAAAUUUUAUUUAGCAGAAACUGCAAUUGCCAUUAACAGUUUACAUGAAAUGGGCUAUUUACAUAGAGACAUCAAGCCUGAAAAUAUCCUUUUGGAUUGUACUGGACAUGUUAAGCUGGCAGAUUUUGGCUCAGCUGCUAAACUUAAUUCAGAAAAAAAAGUCACAGCACAUAUGCCAGUUGGUACACCAGACUAUGUAGCGCCAGAGUUGCUCAAUUCUAUGAGCAAAGCUCGGCAAAGAUUGACGUAUGGACCUGAGGUGGACUGGUGGUCUCUUGGUGUCUGUGCCUAUGAAAUGCUCUUUGGCGCAACUCCAUUUAGUAAUGAACAUGGUUCAAUGGUUUCAACCUACGCCAACAUAAUGGAUUUUAAGAACAGCCUAAGAUUUCCCACUGAAAGUGAUGUGUCAGAGGAUGGUAAAGAUUUGGUUAAAAAGCUCCUCACUGACUCCCAUUCUCGCCUGACAUGGACAGAGAUUAAAGCUCACCCUUUUUUUAAAGGUGUCAACUGGGAUACAAUCAGAGAAGGCGAAGCUGUGUAUGUUCCAUCCAUCCAUGGAUUAGAUGACACUUCCCAUUUUGAUGAGGUGGAAACAGUCAAACGCCAGCCAGAUAUUGAAGCAUUUAUUCAGCCCAAAGAUUUUUCUGGCAGAGAUCUUCCGUUUGUUGGUUUUACAUUCUCUAAAGACUCCCCUCAAGACAGUAACAACAGCCAUGCUGUAUCAGAGCAGACUUCCAUUAGCUCAUCAAACACUAGAUUGCUGCAGAAACUGGAAGAAAAAAAUCAAGAACUGGAAAAACUACGUGCCAUACUACAUAAACAGCACAUAAGCCCAAAUGAUUUAGAAACACGUGCUGUUUCUCUGAUGGAAAAUUUGAGUGCCAUGAAUGAUGAAAUCCGUGUUCUGGAGGAUGAACUAUUAGAAGUUAGACUGGAAGAGAUGCAAGCUGAAAUCAUCAUGUUGGAAUCAGGACAUGAAAAGCUGAAAGCUCAACUGAGGGAAAAGGAAUCUCAAUUACUGAAGACCCAGACUAGCCUGCAAGAUGUAAACAACCAGCUGCAGUCUCAGCAGUUUAAACUUGAGAGAGAAAGACGAAAAUCCCGAGAAGGUCAGCAUAAAGAUUUAGUGUUACUGGAGCUGAGAAAUGAGACCUGGGAGAGUCUACUAGCAGACAAGCAGGCAAGCAUUGAUGAGCUGACAGCCAAGCUUCAUGAGCUGGAAGAACUUGUAGAAGCUUAUGAAGACAGUCAAGAGAAACAAGCCACACAAGUCCAAGAGCUACAGCAGAAGAUGAAUACAUCAUUGCAUGACUUGUCCACGUACACUGUGUCUGAUGUCAACUUGUCUGGAGACUCCACUCAAGCCAAGGUGGAACUAGACAACCUUCACCAUGCUCUGUGUCCCUCAAAGAAAAAAUUAACUCUCCAUGUGACUCUAAAGUCUGGUCGCUGUUCCUUUUUGGAUAAUAAAACUCUGAACAAGUUGCAGAUGCUUCAAAAAAUGGUGGAUAAAUAUGCAGACAAGGCUAAAGAAUGGCGAGAUAAAGAAGAGGAACUGAUAUUAAAAAUAUCAAGUUUAGAAUCUGAUAACAAUAUUUUAAAACAAAAAGAAGGGAUGGGUAGAAAAAUGAAAGACAGCCUCAUGGAAAAGGUCAGCAGCUAUCAACAAGAGGUGGAGACACAAAAGAGCAUAAUAAAAGAUUUACAAGGAACCAUGCGAAGCUAUUUAAACAAAAGUCUAUCUGUUACUGAAACUGAAAGCAAACUCAAGGUAUUUCUGACAAUACAAGCGUGUAUUCAAGGUAUCUUUCCUCAUGUAUGUACUGUAAUCAACAUUUUCUUUCAGGAGACCCAACAAAGUAAACUCAAUUUGGAGUCUGAGUUAAUGUCCUUAAAGGAAGAAGCUGAACGCAGCAGACAUUCAGCAUUACAGAAAGCCAGGCAGAUGGAGGAUGCUAUUCACAAGCUUGAAGAGCAAAGAGCUCUGGCUCAAGAUUACAAAAAACGCUAUGACUGUCAGGUGGAGGUAACUGAAGCCAAAGUUGCUUCUCUAGAGGAUGAGUUGACCAAAGUCACUUGUGAUAGACAGCGACUAGAGAGGAGAGAGACAACACUGGCAGCCCAGGUUGAGACUCUCACACAAUUGUUGGAUGACAGAAGUCUAGAGAUGGAGAAGCUGGAGAGGAGAAAUGCUGACAUCCAAGUCCAUCUCCAGCAGCUGCAGCAGAGGAACACUGAUCUACAGGUUCAAAUAGAAAGCCUUCAGAAAAGUUCUGUAAAGAUUGAAGACCAGAAAGAAUCCAAGGCUGAGCUGAAUUUCCAAAUAAGUCACCUACGUCAGCAAAAUAGUGAUUUGGAAAGACGCCUAACUAGUGCUAUUAGGGAAAAACAGAAUUUAGAGGAUAAGAUAUCCCUUACAGAGAGAGAAAAGGAGAGGCUUGUUGGAAGAAUUGAAAGACUUGAGGCACUAGAGAAAGAUAAACGUCAGCUAGAAUCUAAACUUGAAAAAAUGGCAACUUUAGAAAGAGAAAAAAGGCGAUUGGAGGUUAAGCUGGAACGUUUGUCUUGUUUGGAAAAAGACAAGCUAAACCUGGAAGAAAAAGUUGAGAAACUUGAGUUAGAGAAUAGACGUGAGAAAGUGAGAGUGGCAGCUCUCACAGCUGACAAGCAGGAGCUGGAGACUAAGCUAAAGCAGCUUGAAGACCUGAAAACUGUUGACACCACUCAAGAGAUGGCUCAGCUCAAAGUCAAGGCUGCACUCUUGGAGAUGAGUGAGAAAGAAAAGGCAAGAAUUGAGAAAGAGCUUGCGACCCUCAGGCUAGCACUUGAGACAUCAGAAAAAAACAAAGAAGUAGAAAAGUCAUUGAUAGUUCAGUUGAAGGCAGAAAAAGUAGUAGCAGAAAGAGAAAAAGGAAAAAUAGAAAAAGAGAAAAUUGCGUUGGAAAAAGAAAAGGAAGCUGUGCAGAGAGAAAAGUUAGCCAUGGAGGGGCAGUUAAAUCAACUGGUUAAAGAGAAAGAAAUUUCUGAUGAACACUUGGCCAAGUUGAAUAAAGAAAUAAAUAGGCUAGAAUCAAGCCUUGGGAGGCUGGAGACAAGUGCUGGAGCUGAGAGGGAGGUGAACAAGUUGAGUCUAGAGAUCAAUCGACUCAAAAGUAUCAUUGACAGGAUGGAGAAACAGAGAGGAGGGCAGACUAGAACUAGUGGGGAAACUAGGUGCAACCUCGUUGAGAAACUACAAAAAGAAAAUGCUGAGCUGCGCAAGCAAAAUGAAUCACUGGAAAAACAGGUUGCCUGUGCAGACUCUCAGAAAAUUGUAAAUAAAAGAACCUCCUUGGCUAUGUUGCAGGCCAGUGGAUGGAAGAAAACACAAGAGCUGGCAGACAAGGAGAAAGUGUUUGAAGAUUUGAAGGUGAAAGGUCUGGAGCAACAGCUAGUAGUCAUGAGGUCUGACUUGACUGAGAAGGAAAAACUCAUUGAAGAACUGAGGGCAAAUCUUGAUCUUCAGACAGCUAAUGUUGCAGAUCUACGCAAUGAGAUUGAGGACAUGAUGACAAGUGAAAAUGACCUUGUAGCUCAGCUAGAAAAGGAAGCUCUAAGCAAUAAAACUCUGACAGAGGAAAAUGAAAAAUUGUCAGCCAAAGUUAAGGAAUGUGAUGUCAGUGAUCCAAGAAAUGUGAGCGUGGAAAAACUGCAGCUAGAGAUUAGAGAACUGACCUCUGAGAGAGAUGAGCUCAAGGCUAGACUUGGAUGUGGUGAACAAGAUGAGAAAGGACACCUGCUGACCCAGGUCAAGUCGCUGCAGCAACAGCUUGAUGAGUCCAAGCGGGAAAUGGAAAUACGGAAGGGAGCAAAUGAGUUUAGUGCCGGGGACAUCCCAGCCUACCUCCGACAUGAACUGGAGGAAUCCAACCUUGCUCUUAGUGAAGCCCGGUCUCUGCUUGCUGCUUCCAAGCGCCAAGAACUUGAGUUAAAGGAUAGGAUUGAUAGACUUCAGCGAAUACUUGACAACAAAGCUGUAGAGAAUGGAAGAUACUUACAGAAUGCCCAGGAUGCUAUGGCUGAGCUCAAGACUCUCAAGUCACAGUUUGACACCCUGCAGCGGCAAUACAAGGUUUUAGAAGGCAAGUAUUCAGCACUGCAAAAAGAGAGGGGUUCAAAUACAGGUGAGACUGUCCGUUUAAUGGAAGAGGUACAGAACAAGCAGCAGCAGUAUCAGAUGGAGUAUAAGAAAGCUGAGCAGUUGGCCAAAGUUUGUACUGAAUUGGAAGAUCAAAUUAAAGACAUGGAAGUUAUCAUUCAAGAAUUUAAAGAGAGAGAAAUCCAGUGGGACAACAUCAAAUUGACAUAUGAGCAAGCAGUAAAUGCUAGAGAACAUGAACUGGUGACCCAACAAGUGCAAGCUGCCAGAUCUGAAACUGAAGGGCAAGUGAAGCAGCAGAUAGAAUCUGUGAGAGCCUUACACAGAGCUGACCUGGAGAAGUUACAUCACAACCUGAGAGAAGAAAGAGCUCAAGUCUGUAAGCUCUCACACAAGCUUGAAGAGUCAGAACAGAAAGAAAAAUCAGCACUGCAACUGUUUGAGAGCCAAAUGAAAGAGAUGGAGAAAAGCAACCAAGAAAAAAUGACACUGAAAGAAGAGUUGACACAAGCACUGAGUGAAAAUUGUUCACUAAGAAAGGAAAACUUGAAAUUGAGGAAACAUUUGGAUGAGGCCAUGGACAAAUUUGAAAUGAUAAUUGGAGAAAAAGUUAGCUUGGAGAAUUUUACUGAAGCCUUGCAGGCUCUUCACUUCCUGGACAAGUACAAGUUUGAGAGCACCAUUGGCCAGCAGAUGAAGCUGAUAGACUAUCUACAAGAGCUGCACUUAGAGCACUCUGGCAAGAAAAAGAAGAGCAAGUUUUUUGGCUCCAAAAGUGGGAGCAAGGAAGCUUUGAACAAGCAGGCUUCUCUCCCCCUGUCUGACCUGCAGACUACACAGAGCCUUCUACAAGAUCAAGUUGAUCAGCUGAGACAGGAAAAUGCUCAACAAGCUAAUGAAAAUGGGUGGUUUCAUCAAAUUAAGAAAGUAUUAAAGCUAAAGCAGAGAGGUCAAGUUGAAGCUAAUGUGGAGGUUCGACUGACCAGAUCUGCUCUCAAUGCACUGACCAACCCUGGGGCCACUCACUCAGCAGAAGUGGCUGGCAGAAACUCUUCAACGUCCUUGGCCUCAGCCUCCUCUAGUUCCUCCAGGUCCUCCCCUCAUCACACCCCUAGAUCUCAGAGAGGCUAUCUGUUUGAUGGUACUAGACAGGCAGAUCACAUACCACAGCGCAUGCACCACAAUAUACCGCACAGAUUUGCUACAGGGCUCAAUACAAGAGCAGCCAAAUGUGGUCUCUGUCUGGGAACUGUACACUUUGUCAGGCAGGCCUCCAAGUGCCAAGAAUGUGGUAUGGUUGUUCAUCCCAAAUGUUCCUCCUCUGUUCCCUCCACCUGUGGCCUCCCUACUGAGUAUGUCCGACAUUUUGAACUGAUGAUGAGACAGAUCUACAGAGAUGAAACAGGGAGAGAGACGGAUAUUGAUAGAUCUGCUGUCAAAAUGGAAGGAUGGUUAAAGGUUCCCAGAGUUGGCAAGUCAGGCUGGGAAAAUCGCUACUGCAUCCUGGAAGGCACCUGGCUGAGCCUGUACUUGGAUGAACAAGACAGCAACCCAGUGGACAGCUUUGACCUGAAUCCCAUUGAUGCUGAUGUCAGUGUGCACUGUGCUGUGACCUCAGCUGAACUCAGCAACACAGCAUCCACAGAUCUGCACUAUGUGCUCCGGCUAGACCAAGAUCCAUUGACCACUUGUUGGCCAGGGAGAUAUUUGUACCUGAUGACCACUAAUUUUCAAGAGAAGCAGAGAUGGGUUGCAUCAUUAGAAGCUAUUGUGAAAAGUGCCCAGUGCAAGAGCGACUUGUAUAGAAAUAGGUCUCAAACACUGAUUGUAAUGUCACUGAAAGAAGAGGAGCGCAGAGAGUUCAACUGUACAUUGGUUAUCUCUGCUCAGCUUGUCCUAGUGGGAACAGAUGAUGGGCUGUAUGCCUUCAACCCCCAAGCUCUGACCUCCAAACGUAAACACAUGACUCAGCUGACAGGCUUUGGCAGUGUUCACCAGAUGGCUUUAGCUAAAGGGGUGGAUUUGAUCCUUCUGCUCACAGGUCCAGAAAGAAGACUGGUGAUGCUGGAGAACAAGCUGGUGAAAUGUCGCAUGAGCCAAACUUUGGGUGGAGAGACCACACCCUUCUCAUUUAAAACUGUGGAAGGCUUGCAGUGUUGCACGAUAUUUGACGUGGCUCUGUGGAACAACGCCAGCUACUUGUGUGUGGGGACCCCAAGCAAACUUUACCUCAUGAAAUACAAUCCCAGCCUGGCCAUGUACUGCGUUAGAAAGGAAUUCCCUAGCUCUGAGCCGUGCAGCUGUGUGUGUCUAGCUGACAACUAUGCCAUUGUAGGCACUGAACGCUUCUACAAGAUUAACAUAGAACAUCCCAGUCUUCUAGACUUUGUUGACCGUCAGGACAACUCCUUAGCAUUUGCUGCCUAUGGAGCAGCCAAUCACAACAGCUUUCCCCUAUCUGUAGUCCGGGUUUCACCUGAGAGUUUGCCUUUAGAAUUUUUAUUAUGUUUUCAUGAAUUUGGAGUUUUUGUUGAUCACCGUGGGCAGAGAAGUCGAGCUACAGAUAUCAAGUGGAGUGGCUUACCUCUUGCUUUUGCCUAUGUGGAGCCAUUUUUAUAUGUAACUUACACCAACACAAUCCAGGCUACUGUAGUACCAACUGACAAGUCACAAGCCAAAGGCAGGCAAACAGUGAUUGAUGUCCAGUCUCCCCGUUACCUUGGUCCAGCUCCUGGUGCUGGCUGUGUGUACAUCAGCAGCACCACCACCAACAUCACAGAGAUCAUUUGUCUUCGUGGCCAGGAAGAUUUGACUGCUGACUCAGACAAGGAGAACUGUUUGAUGGCGUCAUCAGAAAAACAAGUUCACUUUGUCAGCCCUAGAAAACCUCAGCGCUUCCAGCAGCUGGCCAAAGAGGGAUCACUCUCAUCAUUGACCAGCAACUCUAGCAGCUCCACAUUUGCCAGUGUUGAGUCAGGAGUUUAAUGCUGGAGCAGUCAUUCUUAACCUUUUUCUGGGCACUGAACCCUUUCAGUUUGAUAUGCACAUAUUCACCAAACCCUUGGUAAUAGUUCUAUCAUCUACACUGACAAAAUCCAAAAUGUGAGUCACAAGAGUCAGGUGUGUGACUUGAGCCAAACCCCUGACACCGACUUGCGGAACACCUGGGGUUUGAUUAAGCUUAGGAUGACUUGCGGAACACCUGGGGUUUGAUUAAGCUUAGGAUGACUUGCGGAACACCUGGGGUUUGAUUAAGGAUGAGACCCACUGUGCUGGAGUCAGUUUUUGAGUAAAGAAAUACUUAAAUAAGAUUUGUUUUAAAAUUUUUAAAAGGGUAAAAUUCUUGGUUAACAACUCUAGUUAGGUUUUUCUACUCUCAGCACAAAUUCUUCUUUAAAUUUGUCAUCCAUUACAUUGAGUGCUUUGUGAAGUGUAAAUAUUUUUUGUCUGUGUGGACAUCUAUCACAUGACUGUUGUCCCAUUCCAUGGUCUAUCUGUGGCACAGAAUGGGUUCUCACAUCUGUAUCAUUAGUGUUGUCUCACAUUUAUGCUUUUGGUUUUCUGUACAUUUGGCUACAAAAAUGGCAUUUAACCUAUGACUUGAAUGCAGUAGUCAAGUUUGUAUAUGACAUGCUUGUUAAUUUAUAAAUAAAAAUUUUUUUUUU